AUGGCUCGUACUAAGCAAACUGCUCGCAAGUCAACUGGAGGAAAGGCUCCAAGGAAGAGUCUGGCCACCAAGAUUGCUUAUAAGUCCGCCCCCUCCACAGCUGGAGGUGUGAAGAAGCCCCACAGAUUCCGCCCCGGUACUUGUGCUCUUCGCGAAAUCCGAAAGUACCAGAAGUGUACUGAUCUCCUGAUCAGGAAGCUGCCAUUCCAGAGGCUUGUUCGCGAAAUUGCCCAGAACUACAAGAGUGAUCUGCAUUUUAAUAGCCAUGCGGUGCUGGCAUUGCAGGAGGCUUCUGAGGCUUACCUUGUGCAUCUUUUCGAGGACACGAAUCUCUGCGCUAUCCAUGCAAGGCGAGUUACCAUCAUGCCGAAAGAUAUGCAGCUGGCUCGGAGAAUCAGGGGUGAGCGGUACUAA